UUUUUUCUUAUUUUUCACUCCUACUCUGGCUUCCGGACGCCAAGAUAGACCGCUGCCGCCGAAUUUAAAGAGACAGGCGAUAGUUAUUUUAAAUACGUAAAACGACAACCAUUGUCUCCGAGCUUACAGACCGACCCUUCGUGCUUUCGUUUGCUUAAUUCGACCGUGAUGUUCAGUCAAAGUCGCAGCGAGUAGUAGCUUGUCUGUCAUCACUCUCCACUCUGCUGGGUUUCCCGUCUUUUUUUUUUGCCUGCUUUUCCCCCCUCUCUGCUCGUCGAGACUGUCCAGCUAGGCAAAGUAGGGUUUGCUCGCUGGCAGGCUGGCUUCCCGACCGAGAAGACGGUUUGUCGCCUAGCCAACAACUGGAGGUAACGCCGAAGCUUCCCUCGCAAGUUGUGGUAGCGGCUCUCGAGCCUCCCUACGCCGGGGAUAUAAUGGCGAAGAUUCAGGCGCACAGCACCGCCAAGCAAAUAAACCAAAUUCAAGACAAGCCUUACGUGAUAACACAAAAGCAAGUGCAGCAGCAGCACUUCCAGAAGCUCAAGGUUGAAGAUGCCUUGUCAUAUCUGGACCAAGUCAAAAUUCGCUUUGCAAAUGACCCUGGCAUAUAUAACAAGUUUUUGGACAUCAUGAAAGAAUUCAAGUCACAGAGCAUCGACACACCGGGGGUUAUAAACAGAGUGUCACAACUAUUUCAUGGGCACCCAGACCUCGUUUUGGGCUUUAAUGCCUUCCUGCCACCAGGCUACCGGAUAGAGAUCCCCAAGAAUGGGAUGGCUUUCCUUCAGUCACCAUUCACUACACAGGUGUCUCCCGGACAGCCGGUGAAGAGUCUGACCACUCCCGCAGUGGCUGCCACCUCAGGGAGUGUCCCCGCUGCACAUUCAGAAGCAGGACCAGCCCAGACCAGUGACACCAAGGCGGCCUCAUCAGACAACCAAUCUUCAACCUCAGCAGGACCCUCAGAGCCUCCCAGCAAACUUACUCUUCCCCUGACGAGCAAAGAGGGCCACAGUCAGGCCACCACCUCGUCUAUCUCCCCCCCUGCUUCAGAGACGAGCCCCGUAGAGUUCGACAGUGCCAUUAGCUAUGUAAACAAGAUUAAAAACCGUUUCCUGGACCACCCUGAGAUUUAUAGAGCCUUCCUAGAAAUCCUUCAUACAUAUCAGAAGGAGCAGCUGGAGGUGAAGGAGAGUCGAGGCGGCCGAGGCAGCAGCGGGAUGACUGAAGAUGAGGUGUUUUCCAAAGUUGCCAGUCUCUUCAAGGGACAAGAGGACCUACUUGCUGAGUUUGGACAGUUCCUGCCUGAUGCCAAGAGAUCACUGUUCACAGGGAGUUCCCUGACUGGAGGGAAAGAGCAGGUGAAAAAGUCAGAGGAAGAAGACCCGAUAACCAAACAGAACAAGAAGAGGCCCAGACCAUUGCUGAUGCAUAUGUCUCCACUGCUUAAGAAAAAAAUGAAGUAUCCCUGCGCCAAAGAUCAGUCCUUUGCUUCCGUCGGGAAACAUGGUGUCUUAAGAGAAUUCUCCUUUUUUGAUAAGGUUCGUCGCCUGUUUAAAAGCCAGGAGGUGUACGAGAACUUCCUGCGAUGCAUUGCCUUGUUCAACCAAGAAGUGGUUUCUGGGGCAGAGCUGCUACAACUAGUGACUCCAUUCCUGGGGAAGUUUCCUGAGCUGUACUCUCAGUUCAAGUCAUUUCUGGGGGACAAAGAGCUCUCUCAUGCUGUGUCGGGGCUCGCUGAUCGUUACAUGGAAGGAGGAGGGGGCAGAGAAGUGGAUUAUGCCUCUUGUAAACGCCUGGGUUCGAGCUACAGAGCAUUGCCCAAGACCUAUCAGCAGCCAAAAUGCAGUGGGCGCACUGCUCUUUGCAAAGAGGUCCUAAAUGACACCUGGGUUUCAUUCCCCUCCUGGUCGGAGGACUCGACCUUUGUUAGCUCAAAGAAGACUCCGUAUGAAGAGCAACUGCAUCGCUGUGAGGAUGAAAGAUUUGAGUUGGACGUUGUGCUGGAGACGAAUUUGGCCACCAUCAGGGUGUUGGAGAGCGUGCAGAAGAAACUGUCUCGCCUGUCACCAGAGGACCAGGAAAGAUUCAGAUUAGAUGACUGCCUGGGUGGCACCUCUGAGGUCAUCCAGCGCCGCGCUGUCUAUCGUAUCUAUGGUGACAAGGCCCCUGAGAUCAUCGAGGGGCUGAAGAAGAGUCCUGCCACCGCUGUGCCUGUGGUGCUUAAGAGGUUAAAAGCCAAGGAGGAGGAGUGGAGAGAGGCCCAGCAGGGUUUCAACAAGAUUUGGAGAGAGCAAUAUGAGAAAGCCUACCUGAAGUCCCUGGACCACCAAGGAGUGAACUUCAAGCAGAAUGACAUGAAGGCCCUGCGGUCAAAAAGUCUCCUCAAUGAGAUUGAAAGCAUCUAUGAUGAGCGUCAGGAGCAGAGCACAGAAGAAGGAGGCGUUGGUCAUCAGAGCCGUAACGGUUCGGGCUCAGCGUCCCCCAGCGAGCCUCACAUGAUGUUCACAUAUGAGGACAAGCAGAUCCUGGAAGACGCCGCCUCCCUCAUCAUCUACCAUGUGAAACGGCAGCCCACCAUCCACAAGGAUGACAAGGACCACAUCAAGCGCAUCAUCCAGCACUUUGUUCCCGACCUCUUCUUCUCUCGCCGCGGUGAGCUCAGUGAUACAGAAGAAUGGACCGAUGAGGAGGCGGAGCCUGACGACGGGGCAGAAAGAGGGGGCGGAGCCUCUGCACCAACGGCAGCAGCUGGAGGAGGAAGUGGCCAUCCGAACAGUGCGUCAGGGGGAUCAGCAGCAUCAACGGCAACAGCCACAGGAAGUCAGCCUCCAUUACAGCCAGCUCAGAACCAGAACGAGAACCAGUCCCAACUGCAGCAGCAACUCAACGGUGAGUCCAGGAGGAGGCGCUGCAGCCCAUCUCAGCCUACGGACACUGAGCCCUCCAGCACAUCCAGUAGCACGAACCAACCUGCAGUGACGACUUCCUCCACCCCUGGCUCUACUCCCAUGGAGGCGAGCUCCAGCGCCGUGGGAGAAAAAGUGGACCUCCGCGACCCCGAAGCAGAACACCAGAAGGAGCUGGAUGGCGUCUAUAACCUCUUCUUUGUAAACAACAACUGGUAUUUCUUUUUGCGGCUGCACCAGACUCUGUGUUCGCGGCUGCUGCGGGUUUACCGGCAAGCUGAACGGCAGCUGCUGGAGCACCGAGCGGAGCAGAGCCGGGAGAGGCUGCUGAUGGCGGAGGGGAGGAGGGAGAAGGCGUGCGACCUGGCCAUGGAGCUCCGCCUCAAACAGCCCAGCGAGGUUGAGUUAGAGGAGUACUAUCCAGCCUUCCUGGACAUGGUGCGCAGUCUCCUGGACGGCAACUUGGACUCCACACAGUAUGAAGACACGCUGAGAGAGAUGUUCACCAUCCACGCCUACAUCGGCUUCACCAUCGACAAGGUCAUCCACAACAUCAUCCGGCAGCUGCAGCACCUGGUGAGCGACGAAGUGUGUCUGCAGGUGGUGGACCUUUAUCUGGCUGAGAGGAAGAGAGGGGCGGCAGGCGGGAACCUGUCCUCCCAGUGCGUCAGAGCAGCUUGGGAGACGAGCUACCAGUGGAAGGCUGAGAGGAUCAUGGCUGAAGAGAACUGCUUCAAGGUCAUGUUUAUCCAAAAUAAAGGUCAGGUGACGAUGACCCUCGAGCUGCUGGACACCGAGGAAGCUCAGGCUGACGAUCCGUUAGAUGUUCAGUGCCUGUCGAGCUACAUGGAGCAGUUUGUUGGGACAGAGUCCAGUCUGUGCUCUCAGGCAGAAGGUUACUUCUUCAAACCUGUGUUCCUGCCAAGGAACCUGCGGCGUUUCCGGCGCUGGCAGGUGCGGCAGGUGGAGGCGAUGCGCUGCAGGAGAGAGUGGCACCGGCAGCUGGCCGUGGAGAACGCCGGCAGUCUGGAGUGUCGGUUCAAACUCAACACUCACAAAAUGGUGUUUGUCAUGAACUCCGAGGACUACAUGUACCGCCGCGGCGCGCUGGUAAAGGCCAGGAAGUCGCAGCACCAAGUCGCAGCGUGCCAACACGAACGCUUCGACAAGUGGCACCAAAGCUGGCUGGCCAAUCACGUCCCGGCCUUGGCCGAGCGUUCGGUGCAGAACUGGCUGAUGGGCGAGGAGGAGGAGGACUUCAUACCCUGCAAGACCACCUGCCUGUCCACCGAGCUGAAAGGACAGGCGGUCAACAGAUACCAGGUUCAUUACAGCAGUAGCAAAGCCCCGUCCUCGCCGUGAAGAUCAGCAGGCAGCCAGCCGGGCCCUCACAGGUAAAUGCAUGGACUUACAGGACAUCUGCACACUAAACAGACAUGAACAGCUACAGUCCCAUUUCUCCGCCUCCCUCCCACAUGUUCACUCAUGGAUGAAUAAAACUGGCAGAAACACUGCGAGUCGGUGAGUGAGCGUGCAGAGCGAGGACGAGGACCAACAGACUGAAGUAAUCAAUGAAAGCAAACGGUUUCUGACUGAUGCGAUCGGUCGGACGCAACUGCACAAACAGAGCUCAUCUGCAGCAGAUCUAUCAUCCCGGCUCUAGAGUUAACAGGACUGAUGGUUGAUCAGCCGAGAGAUCAUGGAGUUUGUUUCAGAAAUGUGAAUGUCUUCUUCCUUUUUUUUUUUUUUUUUUUUUUUUUUUUUUUUGUAUUCUUCUUUUUUGUGUUGUAGCUAAAUGAGUUAUCACCGGGGCAACAAGGAGUGCUUAAAUUUAAUGGGUUUAAUAUUAAUGAAACAGUCAAAUUAUGUACUAUCCAUGAUUUCACAAAACAUUUCUUUUGCAUUGUUCUCUUUUGCAUACUGACAUUGAAAAUAAAAGCAAAGUAUCAUCAGUGUUAAAAAGAAUGUAUAAUGUUUAUCUUGUAUCAGUUAUCAGAUAAUAAACAACCUAGUUGUGACCUUCUUAGACUUGGACUGACGGGUUGUUUGUUGCUCCAGAUAUUCAUCAAUUUGAAUGCCACGAAGAAGCUGCAGGAGUAACACGAGAUACCGCAGCUGCACUCAAACGCAUCAUAAAGUACAUUAUUAACUUUACUGUACGUCAUCCAAACCCAACAGAUUUAAAGUCCAGUUAAUGAUUUUACCUUCGGUUAUGAAAAUAAGUUACUUUAAAAUGCUAAAUUUUAGUGUUAUAUUUCUAAAUGAGACAUUUAUUAUUAAGAUAUUGAAUGAAGGGUGACGGAGAACAUUUUUAGCAGGAUUGAUGCAAAACAAAGUGGUGAGUGUGACGCAGAGCUUUAGGACUUGGGCUCUGACUUUAAAUGGAAACUGAUUAUGACAGGUUUUGCAUUGAUCCUGAAGAUUAAUUAUGUGGAGCUGAUUAAAACCGGAUAAUCUCUAAAGUCUGCAGAACUUUUUCACAGGCAGUAGAAUAAUUAUUUUAGAUGACCAGACUGUAACACGGCUGUUAAGAAUAAUUUCUGAAGCAGGACAGAUGUAACGGUCUGAACAUGGGAUCAUUUCUCAUGUCUGUUGCUUUUGCAUUCAUCCUCAUGUUUUUCAUUUGUUCGAAGCAGAAUAUUGCUGCUUCAGUAGUGAAUAAUGUCUGCAAGGUAUUCUGGAGCUGCUUUGCUUCCUCUGGCACAAAUUAAGCAAAGCAUGUUGAUGGAAAGCUGGUUUCACAGAAGCACGAGGAAAUCCUGGGAGAAAUGUCCAGAUGUCUGAGAGAAACCUAAAGCUCGGACCUUCAAACAGGAAACUGAUCUAAACACCACCAAGGUUUCAGAUUACAUCCUAAUUGCAUGAUUUUAAUGUCAUUUUAAAAAAACAUCAGUGUUAUUAAUUAAACAGAGGAGAAUGGCUUUGCUGCCUCAGGAUUUCUGCUAUCUGACCAGGAAUAGUUUGUAGUGGGUCAUGAAAGGAAGGAGGGCAAUAAGAACUAAAGUUACUGGUCAUGAAGGCGAUGCUAAGCUUAGAAAAAGUAAUUUUGUCAAACUUAAUUUGCAGCAAAUGUUGACUUUAGAUGCAUUUAUUAAAUCUACUGGAAUAUGAGUGGGUAUUUUUAAUAUUGGAGACAAAACAAACUAACAUUGAGUUCCAUCUUCUCUCCACCAAAAAGCUGUUUUCAGGCGAUAAGGGGCGACUAACUUCUAUAAACACAAGGAAUGAAGGAAAAAACUUCACCAAUCUGUAAAUCCUGCCAACCAGUCAGCUUAAAAGAGGAGGAAUGCUGAAGAAUCGGCUUUGAACUGGACUGAGACAUACCACACAGACCUUAAAAACAAACAGGAAACCAACACUCUAAAGUACCUGUGAAUCAGGCAAAAGGUCGGUCAGAGCUGAAGCGACGCACCACUGAAGCUGAAAAUGUCCCUAGGCAGAGCUUCUCAUCCGAUGGAGACUAAAAACAGAAGGCGAAAGAAGGGUCACGAGGCAGAGUGAGUUUUAAAAAUAAUCAUGGUUUAUAAAACCCAGAUAUGACAGGAUCACCAAAGUGUUUACAGAAAUACAAAGACCAUGAGAAAAACCAUCAUAGAACAUUGGUAAACACUCAACAUGUACAAACUACUCUGUAAAAGCGACUCGGGGAGAAAUGUUCAGACAUUUUCUCUUAAAAUCACAUUUAGUUUCUUGUUUUUCUUAAAAGUUAUCAAAGCAGAACAUCCAUCUACCAAACUACGGGUACUAGCACGUUCAAAUAGUUCCGAGAAAAGGUACAAACGACAUCAAUCGGGGAGUGAGGGGUGCACACAUUUAAGCACUUUUACACCAUGAAGGUUUCUGCAAGCGGUGGGUAAGAAAAGAAAAAACAAAAUCAGAAAACGGGAUGUCAGGGUUUUUCACCAUCAUCUCAUCAAACACGAAACUGUACAAAAUAACCCUGUUUUCAGCAUCUAUGAACAGACACAGGUCAUCUAAACUGAUCUGGGAUCAGUUUACUGACUUCUGCUUGGACCACAGUCUGUUCCUGGGCUGAACUGAAAUGUGUCAAAGUGCUUCUGUCUGCAGGACAGUCACCAACAACAGAUGUCACAAAUGUUUUCAUGCACUUUCACAAAUGUACAAACAGCAUAACAGCCUCAGGAAUCUGCCCCCCACCACCCCCGCCGUGAGGCUUUUAAAUUUAAAGAAACCAUCAACAAGAAACAGCGAAACAUCAGUUCUUCUUUUUACAAACACGUUUCAACAGCUUUACACAGGUAGAGGAAAAACAAAAUAAGAGUGCAGGAUUGCAUACAAUCAACAAAAAGCUCCUCUUUGCCUAAAAAAUACUGCUUGUCCAGGAGCACAAAUGGCUACAAAUAAAAAUUCAUCAUUGUCGGUGUGUGCAAAUAUUACUAAUAUAAACACUAUGUUGAAUAAAUUAAGAGCUCUGUACAAAAAACAAGAGCAGCAUGCAGGCAAGACGACAUAACCUUUAUACAAAACUGACAAGAGAGACAAUGUGAGCUGUCAGCGUGUGUGCGAAUGUCUGUUGGUGUCUGUGCAGACUAUCAAUGUGGACAGAGAGGUUUUCCACCCUUUAAACUUUCCAGUUCACAUUAUGAUCGGAUGGGAGUGUAAGCAACAAAAAAAGACGCGUCGUGUUUUCUAGGACAGCCAGGGCUCUUUACUAGAAGAAGGAACUCGCUUAGAGAUUCUGGAAACGUGUGAGCAAAGCCAACAGAGAAAUAAGAGCAGACAUCAGCACAUUUAUCUGAAGAAACUACAACACCUGAAGUCAAACAGGCGAGGCCACACUGAAGAUCAAAAACAUAAAUGAAGCGCAGAAUAAUAGAAGUCUGACAAUUGGCAAAUAUUUCAUUCCCUCUAAAAAAAAAAAAAA